AUGACAUCGUGCAUGGUCCAAGUCCAGGAUUUAUCUCGUCGUCUGCUUAAGCGUACUCGGCCACCGCUUCCGUCUAGCGCCAAUAGUUCAGCAGAAGACAGUGGCAUUGUUGGUGUCUCGGCUGAAAGCGAAGCUCUUCUCAAAGUUUGCAAGCGACAAAUUGAAUCUUCGCCGCGCUCUACGUUUCCAUUAAGGAUAGAAGAUGAGUCACUGCAAGAGGAUUUUGCGGCAAAAAUACCUGCUAGCAAGUCCACAGCUGGACAAUGGCCCUGUGUUACGGGGUGCGACGGGGUGCGCAAGGCCCUUACUUUCUUACAAAGCUCGCGUCAGCACGCAUUGAUGCUUAUGCUUCAGAAUCACUGGGAGCGUGCUAUGGGUGUGUUGGAAAAAAUUGAGAAAGCUUCAGAGAGCGUGAGUGAGCAACGUCGACAAGUUGUCAUCCAGCAAGCGAAUGCCGAUCGCAACAUGCUAGUGGAGAAACUUAUGGAUCUCGAACUUGUAACUCCACAUCGUAUUGUUCGUUUCAAUGACGAGGUAGCAGUUGCUUUUGCGGAUGACUUGGAUCGCAAGUGUGACGAGGUGUCGGAUCCUGUUCGCGAAGAAAUGCUUGUACUGCGCGCUUCCCGUAAAAUUCCUCACGAAAACUUAUCGGAAUUUUGGAACGAAUAA